CAGCAAUUCCGCUUGGCGCACUACGCCUCAAAGACAAGAUGUCCGACGAAACUCGCAUCGACGAUGCCAUCAUCCCCGGCCAUGUGACCGAGGAGGUGGUCCAGGUCCAUAGCAAGUCCGAUCCCGAGAAGAACGCCUACGAAGUCGACGCCCGAGCGCUGGAGAACGAAGAGUAUCCGCCGCCCACCCAGGACGAAGUCGCCACCCUUCGCAAGGUCCCGGCCAAUCUCCCCAUCGUCUCAUACUCUCUGUGUCUGGUCGAAUUCGCCGAACGAGCAUCCUACUACGGUGCUCAGACGGUCUUCUCCAACUUUAUUGAAUUUGCACUGCCCAAAGGAGGUAAUGGUGCGGGUGCGCCUCCGCGCGGGUCGCAGGAGACUGCCGGUGCCCUGGGCAUGGGCCUCCAAGCCAGUGAUGGAUUGGUCCUGUUGUUCCAGUUCCUUGCCUAUGUCAUUCCCAUUUUCGGAGGAUGGUGGGCCGAUGUCCACAUCGGACGGUACAAAGCCAUUUGUGUGGGAGUCGCCAUCUGUGGUAUUGCCCACAUCAUUCAGAUCAUUGGCGCCAUUCCCUCCGUGCUGCAGGCUGGGACAGCGCAUGCGGCGCCACCGUUCAUCAUCGGUCUGCUGAUGUUGGCCUUUGGUGCCGGUGUCUUCAAGCCCAACAUUGCACCCACGGUCCUGGAUCAACACCGCCAUCAGAAGCCAUACACCAAGGUGCUGAAGACCGGGGAGAAGGUGAUCGUGGACCCGGAAUUGACCGCCACGCGGACCAUGCUCAUCUUCUACGGGAUCAUCAACGUCGGCGCCUUCUACAUGCUGGCCACCACAUAUGCCGAAAAGUAUGUCGGUUACUGGUUGGCGUUCUUGUUGGCCGGAAUUAUUUAUUUCAUCUUGCCCGUGGUGCUGGCAGCCGUCUAUAAGAAGACGUACAAGAAGCCCCCGAGUGGCAAUUCCGACCUGGCCAAGGCGAUCAAGAUCACCGUGACCGCUCUGCGGGAAAACAAGUGGCAGGUCUGGCGCAAGAACUUUUUCGACGCGGCUAAACCGAGUGUGUUGGCGGCCAAGGGAAUUCACGUCGAUUGGACCGACAAGCUGGUGGACGACGUGCGCCGAACUCUCGUUGCAACGGAAAUCUUCUUCUACUUCCCCAUUUACAACCUCAACGACGGCGGUAUCGGGUCCGUGUCGACGAACCAGGGUGCGUCGAUGACGACCAAUGGCGCCCCCAACGAUCUGCUCAGCAACUUCAACGCCCUGACCAUCAUUGUCGCGGUGCCGAUCGUGGAUUAUUUCAUCUAUCCCUUGCUCAACCGGUACAACAUUCCGUUCAAGCGCAUCACUCGCAUCACGUUCGGCUUCACCCUGGCCGCGCUGUCCGGUAUGUGUGGUGCCCUCAUCCAGUGGCGCGUAUACAACACCUCGCCGUGUGGGUACUAUGCCUCCUCCUGUGCCGAGGUCAGCCCCAUCAGCAUCUGGUGGCAGCUGCCCAACACCAUCUUGGGUGCGCUCUCGGAAAUCUUCUGUAACGUUACGGCGUACGAACUUGCCUAUGCCCGGUCCCCGGCCAGUAUGAGAGGUCUGGUCAUGGCCAUCUUCCUCUUUAUGACUGCGCUCUCCAGUGCGCUGGGAGAGAUCCUCCUGCCGGUCACGGAGGACCCGGAUCUGAUCUGGAUCUGGGGUGCUCCCGCCGUUGCCCUUGGCCUCCAGACCAUUCUAUUCUGGUUCCGUUUCAAUCACCUGAACAACGAUGAGUUCAUGACGGAUGAAGCGAACUAUGAGGACACCAACAGUGUAGCUCCCAUUCACACGACUGAGGAUGUGAAAACUGCUGAAGAGUAG